CGGCGUGCGGGUGGCCGUGCGGGCUUUGUCGGCGGCCCGGGGGCAGUGCGCGGGCGGUCUGCGGCUCUGGCGCCGGGCCCGCGCUGUCCUCUCGCCGCGGGGCGCCGGAUUCUGCCUCUAAGCUGGUGUCAAGAAGGUGACUUGGAAGCCUGAAUUCUGAGGAUGAAAAUUCACAUAAGAUGAUGUCAAACAGUCUCGCAGUGAUGGAGCCCCCUGCCCCUGAGGCUGGGGAAGUCCAUGAAGUCACAUUAGGGCAACUAUUAGGGAACCCAGAAGGGCAGAGCUUGGGGAGUCCCCCUUCUCAGGAAGGGGACUUUAAGCAGGUGACAGUGACCCAUUGGAAAAUUCAAACAGGAGAGACAGCCCAGAUGUGUAGUAAGUCAGGAAGAAACCCUAUUCUGAACUCAAACCUUCUUAUACUUCAGAGAGAGAUCAUAGAAGGGGAGGCCCAUCAUUGCAGUGUUUGCGGCGAAAGCUUCCCAUUUAAUUCAGACCUAGUUAGACAUCAGAUUUCUCACACUGGGGAGAAGGCUUAUAAAUAUGAUCACUGUGGGAAAGGCUUUGGUCAGUCCUCACACCUUGCUGAGCAUCAGAGUGUCCAUGCAGGGGACAGACUCUACGUGUGCAAUGUAUGUGGGAAAGACUUCAUUCACUAUGCAAACCUCAUUGAGCAUCAGCAGGUUCAUACGGGAGAAAAGCCGUUCAAAUGCACACACUGUGGAAAAGCAUUUUGUCACAGUUCAGACCUGCUUCGUCACCAGAAGGUUCACACCAGAGAGAGGCCUUUUGAAUGCAAAGAGUGUGGGAAAGGCUUCAGCCAGAGCUCCUUACUCAUUCGCCAUCAGAGAAUUCACACGGGAGAGAGACCCUAUGAGUGCAAUGAAUGUGGGAAAUCCUUCAUUAGGAGCUCAAGCCUCAUUCGGCAUUACCAGAUCCACACUGAAGUGAAGCAGUAUGAAUGCAGAGACUGCGGGAAAGCUUUCCGCCACCGCUCGGACCUCAUUGAGCACCAGAGAAUUCAUACUGGAGAGAGACCCUUUGAGUGUCAUGAGUGUGGGAAAGCCUUUAUUCGGAGCUCAAAGCUUAUUCAGCAUCAGAGAAUUCACACUGGAGAAAGGCCCUACGUAUGCAAUGAGUGUGGGAAGCGUUUCAGCCAGACGUCCAACUUUACUCAGCAUCAGAGAAUCCAUACGGGGGAGAAACUCUAUGAGUGUAACGAAUGCGGGAAGGCCUUCUUUCUCAGUUCAUACCUUAUCAGACACCAGAAAAUUCACACUGGUGAGCGGGUGUAUGAAUGUAAGGAGUGUGGGAAGGCUUUUCUGCAGAAAGCCCACCUCACUGAGCACCAGAAGAUCCAUACUGGGGACAGGCCCUUUGAGUGCAAAGACUGUGGGAAAGCCUUCAUUCAGAGCUCCAAGCUGCUGCUGCAUCAGAUCGUCCACACUGGGGAGAAGCCCUACGUGUGCAGCUAUUGUGGCAAAGGCUUUAUCCAGAGGUCGAACUUCCUUCAGCACCAGAAGAUGCACACGGAAGAGAAGCUCUAUGAGCUCAGUGAGCAUGGCAAAGCUUGUACCCCACCCCCAGACUGUGUCCACCAGGAUGGGCUUUCCCUGAGUGAGGCCCCCAUGCAUUUGGGUGAGAGGGCCACAGGUCAGGGGGGUCAUGUGGAUAACUUACAAAGCAAUCACUCUCUGAGUCAGUGAGUGGUGUUUGGAAAUGGAUGGACUUAGGAUUCAUGCGGCCUCUAAGGUUUGGACACGUUAGAGUUUCCUGACUUACGGAUGGGCUGCCGCCAGGGCCAGAGAGCCAGGGGAUCAGAUGGCUGACCUGGAACUGGGUGUUGUGGGGGUGGUUUCAAGAAAAGGUUUCUAGAUUUUAUUCACAAUUUACAACCCACUCUUGAGUUAAAUCCUUUCAGAGCAGAGCUGUGUGUUUAUUCUUAGCCACUUGAAAGGUUGGAGAAAGGGAUUUUUCUCAUGCAAAACCAUGAGCUCUCUCCCUGUUAUCAUGGAGCAGAACCUCAAGCCCCUGUCCUGCAUCCUAAGGCCUUUGCGUCCUUGACUGCUUAGCUUACGCCCACAUAGUUGAAAUGUACUGCUUCUCACAUCCUCUGAGCUGCUCCCACACUGUCCUUGUUUGAAGGACCUCCUCCUCACUUCCCAAACUCCUGAAUGAUGUACAAGGCUUUCUCGGGCAUCAUGCCUGGACAUGUGUUCUUUGUGCUGAGCCCAGUGGGUCCUUCUUUGCUUCUAUUGCUCAGUGCUCACCUCUGCUACUGUACUUUGAAAUAUUAGAAUCAUGAAUUACCUCAUGUGCAGUUCCUUGAAGACAGUGAUCAUGUCAGAUUGAUUCCUGUGUCCCAGUGUCUAGCACAUGGUAAUAAAAAACGCCCCCAAAUCUGUGUAAUUGGCAUUUC